UGCAGCCUCAUUAGCAUUAGCGCACCUUGCCUGCCAUCCACCACUCGCUCUUGCUGAGGUGACUUCGGUUGAUUUGUUGAAAGGUUACUUGCUUUUUGCUAAAUCAGCUACACGUUUCAGAGAAAGUUAGAUUUACUCACAGUUUGGGGACAAUAAAUCGUCGGAAUGCCUGAAAAGGCCCCUCUUCUCAACUACCGACUGACCACCGGCGGCCACGGCGGCGGACUGGACGAGGAGGAGCCCGCAAGUAGGAGGCCUACACUGGGACAAGACCGAGGCCAUCGCCAAUCCAAAAGCGAGCGAAAACUCGGCGUGCUUUUCGGUGUUAUUAUUCCAACGUUGCUGUCUAUGUUCAGCGUCGUUGUGUUCUUGCGAGUUGGAUUUGUUGUGGGGCAAGCAGGGCUGUACCAGGCCAUAGCGAUGUUCCUUGUGGCCUACGCCAUCAUUACCACCACAGUCCUUUCUGUCUGUGCCAUCUCAACUAAUGGAGCCUUGGAAGCGGGAGGUGCCUACUACAUGAUCAGUCGAGCACUGGGUCCAGAGUUUGGUGGCAGCAUUGGAAUCAUGUUUUUCUUUGCCAAUGUGUGUGGCAGUGCUCUAUACAUUUUGGGUCUGGUUGAAGCGAUCACGUCUGCCUUUGGCGUCCCUGAAUCUUCAGAUGCUGCGACAGUAAUUGGAUCUGCCCAUCGUGUCUUACCUUCAGGAUACUGGUGGACAUUACUUUAUGGAACUGGGCUGCUCUUAAUUUGUUUCAUUGUCUGCUUGGUGGGCGCCCACAUCUACGCCAAAGCCACUUUUGCCAUCUUCGUUAUCGUCACAACUGUUUUGGUAUCCAUCUUUGGCAGCUUCUUUGCUGUGGAAUCGAGGAUAAUCACACUUCCUGAUGCUUCCACUGUAAACGGCUCUACACAGAUCACCGCCAAUUAUACCGGACUCCAACUCCAUACCUUAAAGGGCAACUUAUGGCCUAGUUACACCGUUGACUACACCACUGGAGCCAUGAUGAGUUUUGCCACUGUUUUUGCAGUUAUGUUUAACGGUUGCACUGGCAUCAUGGCUGGAUCUAAUAUGUCAGGUGACUUGAAGAACUCGAGCUAUUCCAUACCUAGAGGAACCUUGGCGGCUGUUUUUACAACUUUUGUCACGUACAAUUUGAUAAGUCUAUUAUCUGCAUCGUCAUGUGAACGUCCCAUUCUCCAAAGAGAUUACAGUUUCUUGGGGAGCAUCAAUGUUUGGCCACCUCUGGUCACUAUUGGUAUUUACUCCUCGGCCAUGUCCGCCGCUAUGAGCAACCUAAUCGGAGCCUCCAGAGUCCUGUAUGCACUGUCUAAGGACGAUCUGUUUGGUGGUGUCCUGGCUCUGGCAAGGAAGACAUCCAGCAAUGGCAACCCCUGGGCCUCCGUGCUUAUCUCAUGGUUGCUUGUACAGAUGGUGCUGUUUGCUGGGAAAUUGAAUACCAUCGCUGGCCUUGUGACCAUCUUCUUUUUGUUGGUGUAUGCCACAGUCAACCUGGCUUGUUUGGCUCUAGAGUGGGCAUCUGCGCCAAACUUUAGGCCAUCUUUUCGUUGUUUCACGUGGCAUACCUGCACUCUUGGCAUUAUCGGCAGCCUGGUCAUGAUAUUCCUCAUCAAUGCCAUCUAUGCAUUUGCAAGCAUAGUAUUUAUGCUGCUGCUCCUCAUGCUCAUUCAUUACCUUGGUCCUAUCAGUAACUGGGGAUACAUAAGCCAGGCCCUAAUAUUCCACCAGGUUCGCAAGUAUCUCUUGAUGCUGGACGUACGCAAGGACCACGUUAAGUUCUGGAGGCCACAGGUGCUGCUCAUGGUGGCCAACCCUCGUAGUUGUGUAGGCCUGAUAACAUUCAUUAAUGACUUGAAGAAGAGUGGUCUCUAUGUUCUGGCUCAUGUCAAACUGGGAUUGCUGGAUGAACUGCCGUCUGAUCCUAUGCAGAGUUGUUACGACUCCUGGUUGUCUUUAGUUGACCAUUUGAACAUCAAGGCCUUUGUUAACCUCACCUUGGCUGAUUCUGUUCGACGUGGAGUUCAGAACCUUCUUUUCAUCACAGGGUUUGGUGGGAUGAGGCCAAAUACUCUUGUCUUAGGCUUCUAUGAUGACUGCCCCCCUCGAGACCACCUCCAAGGCAAAGUUAUUUUACCUCCAGAUAAAAGCUCAGAUGAAGCAUGUCCAAAACCAGAUGUGGGAGAACCCUUAUUCCCUUUCUUCCCCAAUUUACGUGAUGCAGAUAAACCAAAAGACGUCAAUGAGGAGGAUUACGUUGCAAUUAUUACUGACGCUGUGAAAAUGGGCAAGAACGUGACACUGGCUCGAUACUUCAGUCAGUUCAACAGGGAAGAUGUUUUAAGGUCAGGGAGAAAAAACAAGACUCGCCCAGGAACGGCAGGCCCAUUCGUUGACAUUUGGCCACUGAAUCUGCUACGACCGGACAGCCGCGGCUACGUGGACAUCUGUUCGCUGUUUCUGCUUCAGCUGGCCUGCGUACUUCACGAAACCCGUGCCUGGAGCCAGGCCACGUUGCGCCUUUUCCUUUGCGUGGAGGAAGGGAGAAGUCUGCGGGAUGAGGAGGAGGCCAAGCUGCGACUGAUGCUCAAGGAGCUCAGGAUGUCGGCACAAGUGGAGAUGGUCGCUUGGGACCAGGUGGUGGCGCUACACUGGCAGAGACAAAGAUUGGAUAAAGAGGAGGAACGGGGAAAGGAAGUGGAAAAAGGGCAUGAAGAAACAUUUCCUACCAAUGUGGCACAGCUGACAGAUGAGUACGUUCAUGCAGUCAACCGCCUUAUCCGUAGGCAUGGAGCCCCCCAGCCGGCUGUACGCUUCCUGUAUUUGCCACGCCCACCCGCAGAUACCAGCCGCUACCGGGCCUACUUGCACCAGGUUGAUCUGCUGAGUCAUGAUUUGGGUCCAACAUUACUAGUCCAUGGGGUCACUUCGGUCGUCACCACGGACAUCUAGAGCAGUCCACCAACUUUUGGUGAGCCAAGCACAUGUCUAACUUCUGUUACAUUGUCUUCCCUAACUCUGGUUUAACAGGACAUGUAUAAUGCUAUGAAUAAAACGAGCUCGCAAAACAAUUUAUUACAUGUAGACAGAAAUUAAGCUGCAUGGAAGCAGUACAGCAUUUUAAGAUGACUUGAAUGCAUCCAAGUAUUUUCAUUCAUUGUCUCACUUCCAGAAAUUAAAUCUUGAAGGAACAUAAAGUUGCACGACUCCCAUAAAGCGAAGAGGUAGUUUUACAAAAGUUAACAAUUUGUCCCUAAGCUGCAGUAUUUCCAGCAAUUUAAAUGGGUUAAUAAAGUGUGAAAAUAUUCAACGACUAUGAAGAGAGAAUAGUUGGUCAUCAGUGAUGUAGAGUCCUACAGUCACUCAUUCAGUCACUAUUGGGAAGCUCUGGUUGUAGAUUGUGAUUCUUUAUCACUGCGAUAUUCUAUCCUGAAUGUAAGUCAAAUUGACUGACACUUUUCAAGACAAAUGGGAGGAUUUAUGAACACUGUAUCUGGCUAUCACUUGGUGCUUUAUUGUGGAGUGAAAUGGUGCGUUUUUGUGGUGAAAGGAACUUGAAUAUUUUUUAGUCUUAUGCUUUAUGCCAAAAGUUUAUAGAUUUGUAUUGGAUAUUUAAUAUAUUCGUUGAUGGAAAAAAUAAAAUGUUUACCUUA